AUGAGUAAACUGGGAAACACCCUUCUUUUGGCUUUGGUUAUCUACUUUCUUGUUCUUCCUCGUUUAGUCUCGGCGGAAGAGGAUGAAGAAAACGAUAGUGGUUGCUCUGUUGUUGUGAAUUCAGCAACGACUCUUACGUAUAAGAUCGUAGCUAUCUUCUCUACAUUGAUCGUCGGAGUUUUUGGUGUUUGUUCACCGAUCUUUGGCCUCGAUCUAGUUGAAAUUUUGUUCGUACUUAGCCCAUACCCUACAUGUGUAAUCGCCUUAAUUCCCCUCUGCCCUCCUCAUUCUUCCUGGUGCCAUAGAGAGCUGCACUAG